CAAAAACAAUCUUGCCCCUCUCGCCCGCUCGUGAUGGCGCAGACCACUGCCCGACAGCCGCCUCCGCCACAAAAGCACACCAAUGUGACGAUCGAGCGUGUGGAAAAGCUGCUCUCUGGCAUCUACUUUACCGACGCCAACUUGGGCCAUCCGCACCUCGUCUACGGCGGUGAUUUGCCGUGCGCCACCCGCCAGCCCUUCGCCCACCUGCUCCACCGGCCGGCCACGGGGACCUCGCGACCCACAUUCGCACAAGUGCUCUCCGACGGUGACGGUGGCUUCACCCGGGUCGAGCGCACCAAGUCGUUUGGGCCGUCGUGGACCACUCACUGGUUUGCGUUCGAUUUGGUCAUUCCGCCCGCCUGGGCUGGUCGCGAGGUCCACUUUCGCUGGAAUUCCAACAGCGAAGCGCUCAUCUACGACGAGCAUGGCGAGCCGCGGCAGGGCUUGACAGGCGGCGACGGUUGUGAUGUACGCUCCGAGUACAUUGUCACGCGAUCGGCCCGCGAGGGAGGCGAAACUCGACGCAUCUAUGUUGAGAUGGCUGCCAACGGCAUGUUUGGUGUUGGCGACAAUGGCUUGAUCAAUCCCCCCAACGAAAACCGCUUUUUCGACAUUUCCUUGUGCGAGCUUGCGGUGUUUGAUCGCGAGCUUUGGCUCCUCAUCCAAGACGUCAGGACGCUAUACGAUCUCUCCAAAACUUUUGCCGACAACUCACCGCGCAAGCUCCAGGCCGCGCUGUCCGCUAACAAGAUUGCAAACCUGAUCGAUCCCCGUGAUCGCUCGACGUACCCGGCUGCGCGGACAGUCGCCGCCGCAUUCUUUUCCCAGCGAAAUGGCGACAGUCAGCACUCGAUUUCUGCUAUUGGACAUUGCCAUAUCGACACUGCGUGGUUGUGGCCGUACGACGAAACGAUUCGCAAAUGCGCGCGCAGCUUUGCCACGGUGGAUCGGUACAUGGAUGACUAUCCCGAGCUCAAGUUUGCUUGCUCACAAGCCCAGCAACUGGACUGGAUUCGUCUCUACUACCCUGGACUCUUCUCUCGCCUUCGCGAGCGAGUCAAGCAAGGGCGCUUCAUUCCAGUCGGUGGAGCCUGGGUUGAGAUGGAUGGCAACAUUCCGAGCGGAGAAGCCAUGGCCCGCCAGUUCCUUUAUGGCCAAACGUUCUUCCAACGCGAAUUUGGAAUUACCUGCAAAGAGUUUUGGUUGCCCGACACGUUCGGCUACUCGGCACAGUUGCCUCAAUUGAUGCGCCAAGCCGGCAUUUCGCGCUUUGUGACUCAGAAGUUAAGCUGGAACCUGAUCAACAAGUUUCCGCACAACACCUUUCACUGGGAAGGCAUCGAUGGCUCCCGCGUGCUGACUCAUUUCCCGCCAGCCGAUACCUACAACUCUCAAGUCUUGCCUGACGAGGUGAUGAAGUCCAUUACAAACUUCAAAGACCAUGGCCGAUCACGCGAGUCCAUGAUGCUCUUUGGCCACGGUGAUGGUGGAGGCGGCCCGCAAAUGGUCAUGCUUGAGCGGAUGCGUCGCAUGCAAGAUUGCGACGGCGUGCCCAAAAUCAAUGUCCGCUCGCCCGACGAAUUCUUCACCCGCGUCGAGGCCGAAAUGGCCCAGGAAGACCAGCUGCUGACGUGGGUCGGUGAGCUCUACCUCGAGCUGCACCGUGGCACGUACACAUCGCAGGCCAACAACAAGAAAGGAAAUCGCAAGGGAGAGCUGCUGCUGCGCAACGUCGAGAUGCUCGUGUCAAUUGUGCAAGCUCUCAACCUUCCGGGACCUGCCGAGGCCAAAUCCGAGCUUGACCGUCUUUGGAAGCUGCUCUUGCUCAACCAGUUCCACGACGUGCUUCCUGGCAGCUCUAUCGCUAUGGUUUAUCGCGAUUCGGACCGCCAUUAUGCCGAUAUUACCGCUUCCGGUAAUUCGCUGCUCCAGACUGCACUGUCCACUCUGUCGUCGAGCUCGAAGACGUCCAACGAAUCUCUCGUCGUCAUGAACACCCUGAGCUGGGAGCGGACGAGUGUAGUGCAGACUGCCGACGGAGGAUUCGGUUUGGUCACGGUUCCUGCGAUUGGUACUUCCCUCGUCCCGUCCGAGAGCAUCCAAGACAUCAGCGCGCCCGUCGUAGCUCAGAAGACCGAUUCCAAUACUUGGAUCCUUGAGAACAAUGUUUUGCGCGCCGAGUUCAACGCACAAGGCGCCCUCAUCAGCCUGAUUCAGUCUGAAACGGGUCGCGAAGCCAUCGCUCGCGGUGGCGAUGGCGGCAAUCGGUUUGUGCUGUUCGAUGACAUUCCUCUCUUCUGGGACGCUUGGGAUAUGCAAGAGUACCAUCUCGAGAAAAGCCACCUUGUUCACAGCGACGCCGGCGUUGUUGUUCGACCGACUGUGUCUCCUCUGGUUGGCGAGCUCGAGUUCACCAUUCCGAUUUCUGCCCGCUCAACCAUCAGGCAAACCGUUCGGUUGACGCACGGCCAGCGCUUUGUCGAGUUUGCGACGCAGGUCGACUGGCACGAGGCGCGCAAAUGUCUCAAGGUCGAAUUCCCGAUGAACGUUCGCACCAGCCUUGCGACAUAUGACAUCCAGUUUGGCUUUGUUCAGCGUCCGACCCACACCAACACGUCCUGGGAUAUGGCCAAGUUUGAAGUCUGUGGCCACCGUUACGGCGAUCUCUCCGAGCACGGAUUUGGCAUUGCGCUUCUGAAUGAUUGCAAGUACGGAUACUCGGCUCGAGGCAAUGUCAUGCGCCUGUCUCUGCUCCGCGCGCCCAAGGCACCCGAUGCGGAAUGCGACAUGGGUCUGCACACGUUUACGUACGCCAUCAUGCCUCACCAAGGGUCAUUCCAGGAGGGCGGUGUUGUGCGAGCUGCUGCGGAGCUCAACUCGCCGCUCUUGGUGGUUCCAGGUCAUGCUCAGAGUCGCUCGUUCUUUUCGUUGCUGCCCGCAUCGACGAGCGUGGUGAUUGAGGCAAUCAAGCCAGCCGAAUCCGCCCCCAAGAAGCUUGUACUACGCCUGUUCGAGUCGUAUGGAGGGCAGGCUCGCGUCACGCUUGCCAGCACGCUCCCGAUUGCCAGUGUUCAGCUCUCCAACAUUAUCGAGGUUGAUUCGGGCAGUCCUCUCGACUGGAAUCAGGCGACAGGGGUGACGUUGACAUUCCAUGCUUUUGAGGUCAAAACUCUGCUCGUUACGCUUCAAGAGUAAUCGCGAGACUCACGAGAGACUUUGACACGAACUUUGGAAUCCACGACGGAUUGUCUUUCAUGCUUGUAUGAUAGUUGUUACAAAUCAAAAAAGUGUCAAACAAAAAAAUAAUACCAACAUUUUUCACUAUUAUGCGCGACCUCGCAGAACAUUAGCAUCCUCACUACUUAGACUGUUGAGCAAAUACCCGCUAGCAAGGUGUGGUUUGUCU